AUGUGCAAUGUCGCAGAAGAUCCAUCUUCAUUCUCGACCAUCACAAUCGCCACUACUUGCCGUGCCGAAUGGCCAAAAGUGUCUCCCUGCAUUGCCGACGGCCGGAACCAUACUGAUUGUUGUCUGAAGAAGGGCGUACAACACGAUUGCCUUGAAAUUUGUUCGGGAAGCACAAAAGAACUCGGUGUGCAUUCAGUUCUUUGCCUCAAUCUUGAUCUUCAAGCAAUCUAUCAAUGCAUCAGACAAGGCUAUGAGACACAUCCAUCUGCACCUGGGAAUGUGACGAUUUCGGAGUUAACAGCUCACAGCGUGACUGUUCAGUGGACUGAGCCUAAUUCAAAUGCACAUCUCGUCGAGAACUACACACUUUUUAUUCGGAAAAAUGAACACGGAGAAGCUGUCCGAACAGUGAAGAACGUAAUUUCACCACAUGUUGAACUUGGAUUGGAUCCAGAUUCCGAGUACGUUCUUACUCUUCAAUCUCAUUCCGCUAAUGGUACAUCUCUACCUUCAACUGCAAAAUUGUUCUCAACACUUCCAACAACUCGUCCUCCAUUGUGCACAAUUGGGGAACCAAUCUACAUGAAUGAUGGUCGUGUCAUGAUUUGCGAUGCUGUGAAUCCUUGUCCAAAUGGAUUCAGAUGUACUGGAGCUGGUUCUGAUCUUUCAUAUUGUUGCCCACACGAUGGAACUCAUUCGUCGGAAGAGUUCACUUCCUGUUGUAAGGAACAGAAAAUGCCAGAAAGCUGUAUGAGCAGUUGCCAAUACAACAUGACGCUUCCCGAGAGUUGCAAGGAAAAUCUGAAUACUUGGGUUCAAUGUGCUUCUGAAGGUCAUGAUCAUUUAAGAUGCUGUCUGCAAGAAGAAGUUUCAAAACCAUGCCAAACCGCUUGUAUGCAUCCAUUUACUGUACCAGCAGAUGAAUGCUUUAGUGAAGUUUCAAAGUAUAGAACAUGCUUCAGUGCUGCCCAUCAAGCCCUUCCAGCCGCUGUCAGGAAUGUGGAAGUAUCUUCUAUCAGCAAGGAUUCCGCGACAAUUUCCUGGGAAGAUCUCGAAGCGAACAUCAUUGUUUUCCGUGUUCAAUUAUUUGAAAAAGGAGGAAAUUUGAUUAAGACGGAGAACAGUUCUGCAGACAUUUUCCGAUUCAUUGAUCUAGAGCCUAACAAGGAUUAUUCUGUUCGCGUUACUGCCAUCAAUUUUUUGGGAGAAGGUCCACCAUCAUGGAAUGCUACCUUCACAACCAAGCCGGCGCAGAUUUAUGAAGGAGAUCGACCAGUUGCUCCAGAAAAGCUCAGAAUCUCAUGGAAUUCAGGACCACGCGUAAACGUCACCUGGGACCCUGUCUCAGUCCGUCGUAACGCUGAAGUGGUGACCAAACCGAUUGAGUACACCAUUUACUACUUGGAUACAGAGCAAAGCUCUACAUGGACAACGUUGAGGACCAAUCAAACUUGGGUUGUGAUGAGAGAUCUUCGCAAAGAUGCACUGUAUUAUGUCUACGUAACAGCAAAGGAAGACAAUCGUACCAGUCGUAGUUCAUCAAUAAUAACUAUUCUUGCUCAAAAAGACUCUCCAGGACUUCCAGAGCCAACAAUUGUCAUUGAACCGGAUCACAAGGAUGGAGUGUUUUCUCCUGGAGAAAAGAUUUCCAUUAAUUGCUCCUUGCCGAACAUCAAGAAGCAUCUCAACAUCGAUCUGACUGUAGGAUCACAUGUCGUGCAAAAUGAUCAUGGUGCACUGUGGGUUAUCCUGGAAACUGAAGCAGACGAGGCAAUGGACACUGCUACCUGUGCUGUAUCGGACACCGACGGUCGUCAGCAUGUUGCUAUGAAGCAUCUGGUGUUGGAGAGAAAGGCGUCAGUUACGAUGAAGAAGGACAAGAUCCGUGUGUUGGAUGAUCAGUCUGUGGAAAUUGAGUGUAUCUAUCGAGGUGGAGGUCUUGAUCCGAAGAUUUCAUUCGAGAAGGAUGGAAAGAAGGCAUCACGGGGAUUCUUGAACCUGAAGAAGACUGAAGCUGGAUACGUGGCCAAGUGGCAUAUCCGCAAAGUUAAGCAAGAAGAUGCUGGAUUCUACAAAUGUGUGGUCACUUCUAGUGAUGGUUCUCGAGUUGAGGCAUCGUCCGAAGUCAUUUUCUCCACUGAAACACUUCCAGUCAAUCCAAAACUCAUUCUCCAAUGCUGCGAAGACGAGGGAAUCACUGGAGAUUGUCUGCAAGCUUGCAACAUUGGACGUACAUCACUUUCAAUCAAAAAUCAAAAUUGUACUCGUUUCGCUGUCUCACUUCUCAAGUGCGCAUCAGACAUUCGUGAUCAUUCUGAUUGUUGCAUCGCGAGCGGUGUCACAUCGAAAUGCCUUCCACUGUGCUCUGGAGAUAGCUUCUCUCCGGAUAUUGACUGCUCCGAACACGCGGUUUCUAUCAUGACAUGCUCUGUGAAGAGUCAUGAGCAUGCUCCAUCAGAAGUCAGUAAUGUUCGUAUCAAGGCAUCAGAAGGAAAAGUCAACAUUGAAUGGGAUUAUCCACUUACGAAAGACUAUAAAUAUUUUGCUGUCUACUAUCGAAAAGCUCACGAUGACCACGAGGAUUGGCACAAGUUGAAGACUAUUCAGCAGAAUAUCGAACUCGACGUGGAUCCUUCCGAAGAUUAUGAAGUUGGAAUCCUCGCAGCCAACGCGCUCGGUCACAGCAGACUGAUGUAUUCCGCGAUUCCUAAGGAUUCCGAACCUCGACGAUCGGCUUCAAAGGGAUCUUCCUCUGCUUUCUGGAUUGUUGUAAUUCUUGUAGUCUUUGGAGUCUUGAUUGCGGGAUUAGCUGUUCUGAGCAAGCGACGCGAGCUUCCAUAUCCAAUUGGAAAGUUUAUUGGAAGAAGAAAUGACCCGAAUCAGCCGACUGUUGCAUUUGAAAAUCCAGCUUACGGAGAGCCCUGGGGCGGAGCCGAAGUUGAAAUCCGAGGAUUAGGUGGCUCAGCCACAACUGGAACAGCUGCUGCAACCCAAUCUGAAUGGCAAAGUGCCAACCUCGAAGCGAACAGUACAACUGAUAACAGCCACGAGUACCGAAACGGCAUGAGAUAUGCUAAACUUGAGACCUAA